AUGUCGACUUACUCUAUUUUCACCGAAACUAGUCGAAUUUUACAUAAAGUUCUCCUUCAGGAUCCCAGAUUACAACUUCCAGACUCUUUCGUCAAAGCCGCUGAGAAAGUCAAGUUUGUGGGAGAAGACGACCAACCUUUCAUCCUCACACCUCUCAAGAUUACGGAGUCAAGCGCGGCCCUCAAUGCCCUCGUAGCAACAGCUGCAAAUGUGGUCGUAGCCGAGCGCUAUGGCAUCGGCUACCAGAAUGUUGAGAUCAACACGGACCUUGCAACGCUCUUCCUUGAAUCAGUGCUACUACCCACCAUUGGCGGCAAGCACUUUACGCAGAACGGUAAGAUGCUAGCAGAGCUUGCCAAGAUGGACCUCCAUCAGAUGAGCAAGCCAGUCAGGCGAUAUGCGACAAAUGUUUAUCGUACCAAGGAUGGAAGAUGGUAUCAUCUGCAUGGAUCUAUGAAUGCCGUGCCCACGAUGGACAUGUUGGGUGUUGAGGACAGUGACGUUAGCACUGAAGAAGCGUUCCAGAUCUAUACGAAAAAGGUUGCACAAUGGGAUUCCCAGGAUAUCGAAAAGGUGGCCAACGAGAAGUACAAGCAAGCUGGUGUGAUUUGCUAUACGCCCGAUGAGUUCUUCGCAAGUGAGCAUGGUAAGAUCAUGUCGGAAGAACCUUUAUGGACAUCGACUCGAGUGCCAGCACCGAAAAGGACUUGGCCCGAAGCCAAAGACAGCCAGGACUAUAGUCCACUCGCCGGUAUCAGAGUCUUGGACUUAUCUCGUGUUAUUGCAGCUCCAGCAGUAUCCAAGAUCCUCAGUGUUCUAGGCGCCGAUGUCCUCCGUGUCUCCUGCAACAGGCUACCCGAGUACUCGGCAACAAUGCCGGAUCUUCAGACUGGCAAGAGGGACGUUGACCUCGAUCUUAAGACACUUGAGGGGCGGGAAACACUUUCUCAGCUUAUAAAAGAUGCUGAUGUUCUUGUUGAUGGAUACCGUCCUGGUGCCUUGGCAAAGCUGGGUUUCGACUCCAAGUCUUUACGGCCGUUGUCGUACCGUUCGGGAUGGCAGCAAAUCAGCGAUUGUCUGGUAGGACUGUCAUACCUACAGGGCAAAUUUCUUGGUCUCGACGAGGCUGUUGUUCCACUUUUUCCCAACUCGGACUAUCAGACUGGAUUGGUAGGAGCCGCGGCUGCCAUCCAAGCAUUAUUAGUCCGCACCCAAGAAGACGUCACUUUUGACAUCGACAUCAGCCUCACGCAGUACAACAUCUGGUAUUAUCGUCUCGGCUCCUACUCCGAGGACCAGCAGAAGGCUCUUAGAAGCCGGGACCUGCACUUCAACCCUCGCCAUUACGACGACAUGAGUGCGCUCGUUGGAAAGACACAUCAGUCGUUGCAGAAGAUUCGCCCAGAAAUAUUUAAGCAUCCCAAGUACUUCUGGGACAUGAGUGGCAAGGAAUACGGAUUGGAUGAGGACUUCAAAGUGCUGGCACCUGCAUUCAAGUUUGAGAAGUCGAGUAUUGGUUGGGAUGUUCCGACCGGACGAAGAGGGCGGUCGAAGGCUGAGUGGGUAUCAUAA